CACGCGGAAUACUGAAAACCAAAACAUGAUUUUAUUUGUGCUAUGAACACAUCAUCUUGGCAGUUAAAUCACGAUUCUCUUCUGAAAUAUAUCAAAGAAGUGAUCGAAAUUUUAGCGAAAUAUUCUUGGAUUUACAAUGUGAGAAAUACGCAUGUUUUGGUGGAAAAUGUCUUGGAGAAAAUUCCCACUGAGUGGAAUGAAGUGUUAAUGCAUCUUAAUUGGGAAGAGUUGAAACAGUUACCAUUUGGAUUUAUAAAGGAUGAUUGGCCUGCUUCACUGAAGUCUUUUAUCACAGACUGUUACAGAUUAAGUGAGAUACGCUUUUCUGGGCAAAAUGUAUCGUCCUUUAUUAAAGGAGAAUGCAAAGUUCACCAAUAUAUUGAAAAAAAGACUCCUAAAAAGAAACAGGAAGAAAUCAAAACUCUAUCCUUUCUAAUAAAUGAAAUUUGUGACAACACUAAGUGUAAUACUGUAAUUGAUGUAGGAUCUGGACUAGGUUAUCUAAGUGAAACUUUGCAUUACAAUUAUGGUUUGCAGUGCAUAGGCUUAGAUUCUUUACCUCAUCAUGUUAAAGAGGCUAAAGUUCGUCGAAAAAAUGAUCUUUGCAUUUCAUCUUUGCAUUAUGAAACAAUGACUGUUAAAAACACUGAUGACUGUGUUAGAAAAAUUAGAGAUGUUUUAAAUGAAGCAGGCAGCAAACAGUGUGGAUAUAUUAGUAAAAAUCACGAUAUUGUUAAAAGUGCCGAAUUUGUUAAAUUAAACUCUAUUGCUAUGAUUGGUUUACACUGCUGUGGAAAUCUAACUCAAGAUAUGAUGAAGUUAUUUUGUCAUAUGAGUGAAUUAAAAGCAUUUGUUUGUGUAGGUUGCUGCUAUAAUAAAAUAAGUUUGGAUGAAUUUCCAAUGAGUCAAGCCACAAAAAAUGCUGUUUGCGAAAUAAAAAAUGUAUAUCCAAACUGGUCUCCCUGCACCUCUGGUUUAAGACUUGGUUCUGAAAGGACGAGAAGUGAUUUAUCAAUAUUUACUCCAGAAAGUUUGUUUUACAAACAAAAGUGCUUAAUGUUCAGAGCUGUUUUAGAAUGUUACAUUCAACAAGAAAAUAUUAAUUGGCAUCGACCAAAGAGAAGAAUAAAACUACAAAAUAAUGCUGACUUUAGGGAAUACUGCACUGCCGCAUUUGCUGGCAGUGAGCAAGGUGAAAAUGAAUUGCAAUUGAAAAAGUUGACUGAAAUGUAUUUAGAAAGAGAAUGCUUAUAUCCACAAAUCAGAAUUUUAUUAAUGUUACAGCUGAUUUUACAACCUUUGUGGGAAGUUUUUGUAACUAUUGAUAGACUUUUAUAUUUCCAAGAAAAUUCUAUCAGAGCUGAAGUUUUUACUUUGUGGAAUGAUUUGGAUUCACCAAGGAAUUUAGCUUUAUGUGGUUAUAAGAUAUAAACAAUACAUUACAAUUAUUUCACGUAACAAUGUACAGUAGCGUCUCGAAAUUUUGAGGCUCUUACUUUACAUAUUCAGUUACAUUUUUUAGUUCCAAAAAAAAAACUUUCAUUAAAAUCUUUAACGAGAAAUCUUUCCCGAUAGUCCAACUCAUUUAAUUACACAGAAAAUAAUAAAAAAUACAUUGCAAGGUUGGUUGACUACUAAAUAUGUACACAGACAACGUGAAGAAAGAAUCCAAAAUUCGUUUAGAGGUAAUUAAAACUAAAUUUAUGCUGAAAUUUCUGUGAGAAUAUUUUUUGUGAAGACAAUACUUCAUCUUCUUUGUACAAGGAAGUAAAAGGUGCUCCUCCUUACGUCAUUGAAAAGUGUAAAAUUUAAUCUGGAAGGAUUUUCCAGAUGAUCUAAGUUUUCAGUAAUACAAGGUGGCGUGAGCCCCAAUUACCUUUGAGUUUCGAGACUCUACUGUACUUAGUAUGUAAGUACAACUGCCAGCAAAGCAUUUUGCAUAAAAUGGGACACAGUAAGCAAAUUUUCAACAGAUACUCUUUUGUUUAUUUUCAUAUUAACAUAAGAGAAAAGUUGUUUGCUGGUUAUCAAUUGAAUUUAGAAUGAUGUUGACAGUUUUUUUUAAACCAAUGUUGAUAUUUUUAAAUAUGCUUUCCACUUUUUAAAAUUACUGUGCCUAAUAGAGGGGAACUUGGGGCAAAGUGAAAUGGUGAAAUUCUUUAUACAGCUCACUGCACCAUCAGACAGUAUUUUAAUUAUGAUCAAGUUAUAUGACAAUGCAUGUCAUUUCCAAAACCUCUACUCAUACUGUAAUGUUUUUU